UAAAUAAAUAGGAACAAAAGAUGGCUUAGUUGCCCACCCUAGGAACUGAAGUCUCCUCAAACCCUCAAUGCCUAUCUUACCUAACAAGUACACUAGAAUAUAUUUUGAAUGUUGCUCUCUACACAACUAAUGAUAGGCGAACUGAAACCAAUUUUUUUUUAGAGAAAAUCAAAGUCCGUAUGAAGAUUUCAAAAGCAUUCCAGCCUUCGACUCCGCAGAAGAAAGGUAUUUUCUUUCUCAGUGCUGUCCCUUCUGCCACCAGGACCCCACAACCUCCUCCGCCAACCCGAGACCUCUAGGCAGUUUCGGAGUUUGAAGGGUGAGGAACGGAAUCAUCCAGGAGAUGGCAUUAGUGACUCCACGAUGGGUUACAAAGACGACUCUGGUAGAGCCGUCCUUCAAGGAGUUCUCGGGCAGUUGGCCAGACUGCAGAAUGUGGGCAGGCAGGGGGGAAACGCAGCUUUGGUCCUACAGUACAGACGCUACCUAAACUAACUGCAACCCAGAAGUGACUUCGCGGGCUCGUACGGAGGACCUGGCUGCCUUCCGCGCGGCUACCGUGAAGGACGCGAACCCUUCCUAGGAUUUGAGAGCUCAUUGGGUGGUAGUGGCGUCACUCGGAGUGACGUCACAGGGCGAGGCGCAGGAGGUGGAACCAUGGAGACUGGGCUUCCGGCCCCUCUACCGUGGGGGCGGGGAGGAAUUGGGAAGGUAGGGUUUGGGGCCUUAGUCAUCUCGCAGCGGACACGGGCUCCCUCGGCGUCUCCCGUCAGCCCCGGACCUCCCCCCUAAACUUUGGACAUUCUCUCCUACCGUGUCCCUGACCCCACUCCAACCAUCCCCAGACCCACCACAGUCCUCCCCACAUUCCGCGGAGGCCACCGGCCGAGAGCCGAGGGCGCCUUUUGCACCGGUGCGGCGAGCGCGGGGUGCAGAGGUAACCCCGCAGCGCUGGGCGUGGGGUUCCCCGAAACACCGGGCCGACUGCCUGGGAGUGGCCCGUAGCCCGGGGCCGAGGGCUGGGGAGCCUUCGCAACAGGCCCGGCCCCCCUCCGGAGGAGCGCCGUCCGCCGUGGGGCUGUUUUCCGAGGUCUCUGUGUUGGUUAGUUGAAACAAAAAAUAAAUAAAUAUGGCCUUCUACAGUUAUAAUUCAUUCUUAGCUAUUUUCUGGACAAGACUGCCUAGCCAUUCUGUGUACCCUCCCUGCUCUCAUUUCCCGUCACUUGCAUUUUUCCACUUGCCAGAUUCUCACUUACGUACAACCUAUAUGAAAAACUGUGGAAGCAGGAAGUACUCCUAUUUCAGUCUAACAGGCAAUAAUCCGCUCCAUCCCUUACAAACCAGACUCCCACAAAAACUGCACACGACCUGCUGGCUACAGAAUGCCCCUGGUAAACCUCAGCAGGAGGAAAUAGGAAAGCCAAAGGCCAUAAGCCCUCAGCCCACCAAAGAAGCCGAGACAGAGAUUACAGAAGAAAAGUGGUCAUUGAGGCAAAAAAUCAUAGAUGAACUUAAGCACUAUUACAAUGGAUUCAGUUUACUUUGGAUUGACACCAAAGUCGCUGCCAGAAUACUUUGGAGGCUGCUGCAUGGACAGGCGCUAACCAGACGAGAGAGGCGAAGGCUGUUGAGAACCUGUGCUGAUGUCUUCCGCUUGGUUCCAUUCAUGGUGUUCAUAAUUGUACCUUUUAUGGAAUUCUUGAUACCAGUGUUUCUGAAGCUCUUCCCAGACAUGUUGCCAUCAACUUUUGAGAGUGAAUCCAAAAAGGAAGAAAAACAGAAAAAGACGAUGGCUGCCAAACUGGAAAUAGCGAAAUUCCUUCAAGAAACAAUGACAGAGAUGGCGAGGAGAAACCUAGCCAAGUUGGGAGAUGCUUCCUCACAGCUCUCCUCCUAUGUGAAACAGGUCCAAACAGGCCACAAGCCCUCCACUAAGGAGAUAGUCAGCUUUUCCAAGCUUUUCGAGGACCAGUUAGCCCUGGAGCACUUAGACCGACCCCAGCUGGUUGCCCUGUGCAAGCUGCUAGAACUGCAGGCCUUCGGAACAAACAAUCUGCUCCGCUUCCAGCUCCUGAUGACACUGAGGUCUAUAAAAGCAGAUGAUGAAAUAAUUGCCAAAGAAGGGGUGAAGGCUCUGAGCGUGUCAGAACUGCAGGCUGCGUGCCGGGCCCGGGGGAUGAGGUCGCUGGGCCUCACUGAGGAGCAACUGUGCCAGCAGCUCACAGAGUGGCUGGACCUCCACUUGAAGGAGAACGUCCCCCCUUCUCUUUUGCUCCUGUCACGUACCUUCUACCUGAUAGACGUGAAGCCAAAGCCUAUUGAACUCCCACCGAGUAUAGAGACUCCAAAGACAAACCUUGGGAUACCAUUAUCUCCGCCCCUGGAGUCGAAAGAGAACAUUACAGACCCCGCACCUCAGCUAAAGGGAACAAAGGAUGAAGAAUUUAUACAACUGCCCCCAGUACCAUCUUCACUCAUAACACCAGCGGCAACUAUUUCCAAAGAAGCAAUCCUCCAGGCCAAGUCCCAGGAGACCGCACAGAACAGCAAGGCUAAUUCCAAAGGAGCCUAAGGAUCCCUUGAAGGUGGCGCUCACUCUCUCCAGUCACUGCCCCUCAGCAGUGUUGUCCACAAAGGAAGGAAUUCUAGCUAAGACUGUCUGGCUUGAGAUAGAGGACCAGCCAUUAAGUCGUUGGAGGCCUCGUGACCAUCCCGGAGAUGCAAGCAGCGACACCAAGUUCAGGCGAUUCAGAGAAGUUUAAUUACAAUCUAUCUCUACUGUAUAAUUUUGUCAUCUUCCUAAACGUUGCAUAAAGCCACUCCCACCAUGUUGUGUUUGAA